GCGAAAGUGGGGCCCAAGGGUCAGAGACAACAUCGGUGCACCCGCAAGGACUUCCCGAUAGCCACAUUUGGGAUAAAUCUUCAGUGCACGUCCGCCUCAGUGACUCCAGUGAACCACCCACACUCCUGGAAAAAUGUGACCAGGAUAUCUGCCCGAUCAGUGCAACAUAGGCAGCGCCUAAAGGCAUUUGAAGGUGCCUGACUAUAAUGAAUCGAUGGGAUAAGAACACUUAAAGCUCCAAAGAUCCCGUAAUUGCUUUUCACCAACACUCUCGUCGACAAACAAGAGAAGGCAAUUGAAAUUGUGAUAGAAGUAUGGCGAAUCCUCGUGAGACAAUAACGCUGUUGCAAGAGAGUGAGAUGUCGUCACCGGUGGUGAAUGGCUCCGGCACGUCGAGCAGUUGUAGCAGCAAUUCCGUAAGCAGUGUCCAGUCGUCAGUGAUGUUUGCUGCGCCGUCGGCUCCGGUCACGCCCUGUGACACCGCCGCGAGCCCCAUGAGACUCAUCGAGCGUUUCCCGGAGCGCCAGGAACCGGAGCUGCUGUGCUGGGCAGACAUGCCACAGCAUCUGCAGUUCAAUCCCUACGUCCUCACCGGCUAUCGACCGCUCCAGACCGUCAGGGGUUGCAUGUACAGCCUCUUUUACUGGCACAACGAGACCAUUAACAUCCUAACACACGGAAUUCCAAUUGUGUACAUCCUGGCAAUAGUUCCGGCUCUGAUGCCCUGGGAAAAUGAUUUUCGCUUUCUCUCCUGGUGCCACAUUAUUGGAGCCGUUUGCCCGUGGAUCGGGAGCUUUGUCUACCAUUUGUUCAUGAAUCUGGAGAAUGGUGAGUGCAUAUACUACAAAUUGCUCCAAUUGGAUAUGUUGGGCAUCUGGAUCAGCCAGAGCUUCGGCGCUCUGCCCAUGGUGACGGCGACAGUAUUCUGCCUGGGAUGGAAGCUAAAGUGGUCGUUAAUGUUGGCUUAUUGUAUGCUGAGCCUCUGGGGACUGUACAAGGCCUUGACCGCCCUCUCGCCGUGGGAGAGACGCCUAUGCUUCUUGCUACCCUUCAUGAUGAGGGUGCUCCUGACAAUGCUGCGCACCCUGAAGUUGGCUGGCGGAAAUCCGGCCGCUCUCACCCAUGUCUUUCUGCAGGACGCUGUCUCUGCUCUCGGCGGAAUGAUUGGGGCACUUCAUAUUCCUGAGAAGUGGUUUCCCGGCAGUGUUGAUCUCUACCUGAACUCCCACAACAUAAUGCAUGUUCUCGUAGUUCUGGCCGUGUACUCAAUGCACCAGGCCACCGUCUCGGAUCUGGAUUGGAUGUCGAAGACAAAGUGUUCAGAUAAUGGAACAGAUGCCAGUAUUAGUCCGCUCCUCAACGAACAGCCGCACAUGGACUUGUGACGGGUUAUUAGGAAACUUGUGGAUGAAUAUCGCAAAGUUCCGCGCAGUUUGGGUUUUAUUUUCAAAAUGGGGAGCAGUUUGACUUUCGUAUAGGUACAGUUAUAGCGAAUAUGGGUAAAUGACAGGGAAUAUUGUGAAUGAGUAGGUAAUUAGGACGUGUUGAACAAUUUUACAUUUUCUCAAAAUGUUAUUUGUUUUUCCACAAUGAAAAAAAAAAAUACCACUGUUCGUUGCCUCUGGUUUCCCACUGAAAGAUUUCUUCUGUUAAUGACUUAAUAUAAAAUGAAUAGUUACUCGAAAUCUAAUCAAAUCACGACGAUACUUGUUGAAAAGUUUCAUAUAUGAAAGAAACAAAAAAAAAUUAUGGAGAAAUUUCUCUGACAAUUUCCUGUACAUAAAUAUAACUAAAAAAAGAAGAAUUCUCUAUUUUAUUACAAAUUACAUUUCUUGCUGCAUAUAUUAGGCGUAUAGAAAUUAUUUUCUUGAAGGAAGAGAUAGAAAAAAAAAUUCGUAGAAACAAUGAAGAGAUUUAUAGCGAAAAGGAAUUAGCACAUAAAAGGAAUCUAAACCUGAUUUAAUGUCUGAGAAUCAGAAGAUAAACUCACGUGCCAUUGAACUAGAGGAAGAAAUUUUACUAUUUAUACAUAGAAAACACAAUAAAUAAUAAUAAAAAAAACGAGGUAUAUAAAUGAAGGGAGAAAAACGAUGGAUGAUUUGUUCACGUAAGAAACACUAACUUGAGUGCUUUUGGCUUUCACAUGCGAUAAAGAAGUGCGCUUUCCUUUACCUUGGACUUUUUUUAUUUUUCCCUAAUACCUCCUUGGAAAAAUAUCAAACUUGUUCUUCUCUAAAUUCAUUCUAUAAUAUCAAACCUUCAGCAAAUAUUCACUCUUUCUCCUCGCAUUAUAUACCCAAAUGUAUCGUAGAUGAGAAGUGAAGGGAGAAAUCCUCAUUGGAGGUCAAUUAAAUUGCAUCCGUUGAUGCGGAUGCAUAUAGUGAAGAAGGAGCCUCUUUAUAGAACGUAAAUUGAAAUUAACAAUGGCGUAUUAAAUUAUUUCCUAGAUGAAUUCUCUAGCUAGAUAGUUGAAAACUAAUGUAGGAGUAUAAUUGAAAAUAUUCUGGGCCUAAAUCAACAAUUUUCCUAAUGGGAAUUAAUUAUAUUAUUUCACGAAUGGAUGCGAUAAUGGCAUGAACCCAUGGUUUAUUGUUUCACUUAACCCACUCUAACUUACACUAUUGCCUAAAAGUCACAGUAUAUAAAUUGUUUUUACCAGACAUUCUUCUGCGAACAAUGAACUCUCAGCAAAUUCUAAAUAAACUACAGCAUAUUUUGCAAACCUUCUGAUAUAAUGAAUAUAAUUAACAAACUAGAAGAAUUUGACCAAGAGUCUUCAAGAAAGCUGACUUGAUAGAAUAGUGUUGAAGCAAUACCUUGAUAUAAUACUAUAUAGGCUUUAUAUACUAAAUUUGGAUGCGCGCUAGUUGCUUAUGAGAAGCCAUCAAUUACUGAUUUUAUUGCUUCAGAGUUUCCUGUGAAAGUGAUUUUAUAAUACUUCAGCUGAUACAUA